UGAAUACCUGACGGGAUAAACGGAGGAACAGCUAUAUAAGGAAAUAAUAUCAUAUGAGUCGACAUUGUGACUCUAGCAGAGUGGUAUAUGAUCUCAUCAUUGGCAAUAACAUUAUUGUAAAGAUGACGUUUUUGGAUCACACUUUUUAUUUGUAAUAUUUCAAACUAAAGAGGAAGCGAGAGUUAGCGAGGUCAAGAUGCAUCGAGAUAGAAUUUACUACUACUAUGGUGACCCAGAAAGAUCGGCGGCUCCAGUUUUCACCGUGGAAAAUGGCCGUUCUGUGCCUGGCAACCGUCACAACGAACGCUCAACAAAUUAUGAUGACUGGGAGGAACCUACAUACCAUGACAAUUUUGCAUUUAAUAGGAACAUUAUGCAAAAUGAACGACGACGAUCUGAAAUUGGGCCAAAAAAGAACAAACCAACGGGAAAAUGGGCUCUUAUAUGGAAACAAGUGGUCAGCGUGAUGUGCUUCCAGGCCCACCGGGUACAACCGCGAUAGGACAAGACGCGACGGACGUUGGACCUCGUAGGCAACAUUCGACUUUCCCGGUGAUGAAAUACAUGGAGGGGAAAGAACAAACAGACCUCGAAAAAUGGCGAUUGUUGCAGUUAUUGUUCUUAUUAUCCUUUUCAUGUUAAUAAUAUUUGGUGCUGGUCUCUAUGCCAUCCUCUUCUUCUUGGGUCCAUUCGCUGCAACCUCACCAUCGGCAACGACAGUCCAACCUAAUGUACCUGUCACUCCUAGACCAGUAAUGGCUGUUGUUGUUGGAGUAGAGCUGGACGCAACAGUGAAGUUAUCGAAUCGAGCCUUUGUUCCUGCCUACAACAACGACUUAUCGCCUCAAUACCAAGAGCUUUCUCAACCUUCACAAACACGAUGGAUGCAGUGUUUUUAAACAGCGAUUUAAGUGACAUCUACAAUGGUACAGUUGUCAACGGAUUCACUCAGGGAAGUGUCAUCGUGAACUUCACCAUCAACCUGAUACGAGCGCCGACAGCGCCGACAGUCACGGGUUCGACGACGCUAUCAUCGGGUGUCGGGAGCAUCGAUGACCAGAUCAACUCGGUCAGAGGACAGGUCGAAGUCUCCGUUAAGGAGAUCAUUCAGAUUGCCGACGACAAUGGCGACCUCACCACACUCGGGGUCGAUUCGACGACGCUUUCGGUGACAGAUGUUUCUGUUGAUGUCGAAACAAUAACAGUCACUGAAACACCCGCAACAACAAUUGCUCCUUCCACAAGAACUCCAGAUGAAGAACCUCCUGUCCUUGUCUGUCCCGACGAUGUCACGGCAGAGACAGAGGCCGGGGCAGCUUUUGGGAUCAUAUCCUGGACUAGUCCAACGGCAACGGAUAACUCAGGAGAGGUUACUGUGGAAACAGAUUUUGUUCCGGGUCAGUUGCCUAUUGGAAGCCGCAACAUUACGGUCACUGCCACAGACGCUGCGGGGAAUACAGCAGAGUGUGUGAUUGUUGCAACAGUAGUUGACAUUGAGGCACCUGUUGCCAUCUGCCCUGAGGACAUCACUAGGAACACAGAUUUAGGACAGGCCUACGCCACCAUAUCCUGGAGCAGCCCUCGAGGCACAGACAACUCGGGAACCAUAUCAAGCAUCAACGCAGAUCCCCGUGAAGGGCAGUUUGCGAUUGGCAGUCAUGUGAUCACUGUGACGGUGGUUGAUCCUGCAGGCCUGGAAGGCCAGUGCACCUUUGAUACUGUGGUUCAAGAUAAUGAGGUACCAACAGUGGAAUGUCCUGCCACCAUUGAAGUUAGCACGGAUGUGAGUAGUCCCUCAUCCAUCGUCACCUGGACAGUCUUGGGCCAAGAUAACUCUGGCUCAGUACCUAGUCUUUCAUCAUCACCGUCUUCUGGGGGAAGCUUUGCGAUCGGUUCCACCACUGUCGUAGUCACAGCUCUUGAUCAAAGUGGCAAUAUGGGACAGUGCUCGUUCAAUGUUAUUGUGUUCGAUUCUGAACCGCCUGUCAUCACGUGCCCUGCCAGUAUAAUCCAAGCCACUGACCUGGGUAGCUCAUCUGCCACUGUCACGUGGCAAGCUACUGCUGCAGAUAAUUCAGGGGAUCCCCCUACCAUUACAUCAUCACCCGAACCAGGCAUGCUUUCCUUCGGUACUCUCACUGUGGUCGCCAUGGCAACAGAUUCAUCAGAAAACACAGCAUCCUGCAACUUUACAGUCCAAAUCGUUGACGAAGAAGCACCAUCAAUAACAUGCCCAGACAACAUCACAGUUGCCACCGAUGUGGGCGCAUCUUCAGCAAUCGUCACAUGGGCUGGCCCAUUUGCGUCGGACAACAGUGGUCAAGCGACUGCCGUGACGGACAUCUCAUUAGGCCUCUGGACAAUAGGGAUCCAGACGGUCACUGGCACAGCAGUGGACGGGUCUGGCAAUGAGGCUCAGUGUACUUUCUGGGUGAAUGUUCAGGAUUUGGAGAAUCCAAUGGUUUUGUGCCCAGCAGACAUCACAAGUGAACUGGCAGCAGACCCAGUCACAUGGGAUGCCACAGCUACUGAUAAUUCAGAGAUGAUUGCUAAUCUCACCAGCAGUCCCUCUCCAUCAGAUGUUGUCCUUGGGACAAACACGGUGACUGUGAUAGCCAUGGAUCCUUCAGGCAACAAGGCGGAGUGCUCAUUUGUGGUUACUUUGACAGAUACCACUGCACCCACCAUCACCUGUCCAGAUGAUGUCUCCGGCACUCUUGCUGCUGGACAAUCAAGCGUAUCCCUAGCAUGGGUAGAACCUUCAGCCACAGACCUCUCUGGCGAUGUGACGGUCACCGCUUCACAUUCUCUUGGAGAUUAUAGCAUUGGUCAAGUCAACGUAACGGCCAGUGCGACAGACUCGUCUGGGAAUCAAGCAAGCUGUUUCUUUCUUGUGACUGUCACAGAUAUGCAAGAUCCCACGAUCAGCAGUUGUCCACCUUCCCAAUCAGUCAAUACCGAUAGCGGAUUAGCCACUGCAGUGGUCAGUUGGACACCACCUACGGCCUCGGAUAACUCAGGCUCUGUGUCUCUGACCUCUGACUACAGCUCUGGGAAUCCCUUCCCUAUUGGAAGCACUCGGGUGACUUACACAGCCACUGAUGGCUCAGGCAAUUCAGUCAUGACGUGUACCUUUGAUAUAGCAGUGCAUGAUAACGAAAUACCUGUAAUAUCUGGGUGUCCAAGCCCACUCUCUGUGAAUACGGACAGUGGUGUGGCUUCAUGGAAUGCAAAUUGGACAGAACCUACAGCUUCAGACAACUCUGGAGUACAGACUCUGACGUCAGAUUAUUAUCCCGGAUAUCCGCUCCCUAUUGGCUCUACCACAGUGACGUACACAUCUACAGAUGUCAUUGGAAACAGUGAAACUUGCAUGUUUGUUGUGACUGUCAUUGAUAAAGAAAUGCCAUUGAUAUCAGGAUGUCCAAGCUCAAUUUAUGUGGAUGCUGACAGUGGAAAGUCUACAGGAACUGCUAUCUGGGCAGAGCCUACUGCGUCGGAUAACUCUGGCUUCCAGACUUUGACAUCAGAUUAUAAUUCAGGAAAUUCUUUUCCUGUUGGAACUACCAAUGUAACCUACAUAUCUACUGAUGAUGCAGGAAAUACUGACACUUGCAGUUUUGAUGUAACAGUGAUCGGUAAUUCAUCGGCUGCAAUUGUUGGAUCACUGGUGAUCGCUGGUACAUUCUCUGCUGAGCUGACUGACUCAACUUCAGAACUGUACCAGAGUACAGCUGCUAACCUUGUUACUGGAUUUGAUGCUAUUUUUGAACCACUGGGAUCUCAAUACAUAGGAACUAGUGUGAAUGGUUUCAGCAAUGGAAGCAUAAUUGCAGGUUUUACCGUGAACUUGGAAAGCUUAUCUGCGACUGAUGGUACCAAUCCUGCAACGUCUACCACUCAAAUGAUCAGUAAUUCCAUCAAUAACGGAAUUGAGGGUGGUUCAUUUGGAUCCUUGUCCGUUGUUCCUGGAUCUUCUUCUAUCCCAAAAGAUACUGAGGCUCCAAUGAUUCGUUGCUGUCCAAGUUUACUUCCUUUUUCAACUGACAGUGGACAAUCUGUUGCUACUGCUAUCUGGACACUGCCUAAGGCUACAGAUAACUUUGGCGUUAUUGAAACAAUAACAUCAAAUUAUAAACCUGGAGAUUCUUUCCUUAUUGGAAGCACUAUGGUAACCUACACCUUUACAGACGGUUCAAGAAAUAAUGCCUCUUGUAAUUUCAAUGUAACAGUGAUAGAUGAUGAGAAUCCAGUCAUCAGUGGAUGCCCUGGUGAUCAGUAUGUCACCUCAGACAUUGGUAAUGCUACGUCUGUAGUAACCUGGACGCCACCUACAGCAACAGAUAAUUCUGGUAACCAGACACUGACAUCCACUAGCGGUCCUGGAGAUUACUUUCUUAUUGGAAACAACACAAUAACCUACAACGCAACCGAUGAUGCAGGAAAUACAGAAUCAUGCACCUUCUUUGUAGUUGUAUCUGACAAUGAGAAUCCAGUCAUCUUUGGGUGCCCAAGUGAUCAGAAUGUCAACACAGACAGUGGUAGUGCUACAGCAGUAGUAACCUGGAGACAACCUAGAGCAACAGAUAACUCUGGUAGCCAGACACUGACAUCCACUGGCAAUCCUGGAGACUACUUCCCUAUUGGAAACAAGACAGUAACCUACAACGCAACCGAUGAUGCAGGAAAUACAGAAACAUGCACCUUCUUUGUAGUUGUAUCUGAUACUGAGAAUCCUGUCAUCAGUGGGUGCCCUAGUGUUCAGAGUGUUGACUCAGACAUUGGUAAUGCUACGUCUGUAGUGACCUGGACGCCACCUACAGCAACAGAUAAUUCUGGUAACCAGACACUGACAUCCACUAGCGAUCCUGGAGAUUACUUUCCUAUUGGAAACAACACAGUGACCUACAGAUCAACAGAUGGUGCAGGAAAUACAGAAGCAUGCACCUUCUUUGUAGUUGUAUCUGAUAAUGAGAAUCCUGUCAUAAGUGGAUGCCCAAGUGAUCAGAAUGUCACCACAGAUAUUGGGAAUGCUACAGCUGUAGUAACCUGGACAGCACCUACAGCAACAGAUAACUCUGGUAACCAGACACUGACAUCCUCUCACAAUCCUGGAGACUACUUUCCUCUUGGAAACAACACGGUAACCUACUAUGCAAGCGAUGAUGCAGGAAAUACAGAAACAUGCACGUUCUUUGUUGUUGUGUCUGAUAAUGAAAUUCCAGUCAUAAGUGGUUGCCCAAGUGAUCAGAAUGUCACCACAGACAUUGGGAACGCUACAGCUGUAGUAACCUGGACAGCACCUACAGCAACAGAUAACUCUGGUAACCAGACACUGACAUCCUCUCACAAUCCUGGAGACUACUUUCCUCUUGGAAACAACACGGUAACCUACUAUGCAAGCGAUGAUGCAGGAAAUACAGAAACAUGCACGUUCUUUGUUGUUGUGUCUGAUAAUGAAAUUCCAGUCAUAAGUGGUUGCCCAAGUGAUCAGAAUGUCACCACAGACAUUGGGAACGCUACAGCUGUAGUAACCUGGACAGCACCUACAGCAACAGAUAACUCUGGUAACCAGACACUGACAUCCUCUCACAAUCCUGGAGACUACUUUCCUCUUGGAAACAACACGGUAACCUACUAUGCAAGCGAUGAUGCAGGAAAUACAGAAACAUGCACGUUCUUUGUUGUUGUGUCUGAUAAUGAAAUUCCAGUCAUAAGUGGUUGCCCAAGUGAUCAGAAUGUCACCACAGACAUUGGGAACGCUACAGCUGUAGUAACCUGGACAGCACCUACAGCAACAGAUAACUCUGGUAACCAGACACUGACAUCCUCUCACAAUCCUGGAGACUACUUUCCUCUUGGAAACAACACGGUAACCUACUAUGCAAGCGAUGAUGCAGGAAAUACAGAAACAUGCACGUUCUUUGUUGUUGUGUCUGAUAAUGAAAUUCCAGUCAUAAGUGGUUGCCCAAGUGAUCAGAAUGUCACCACAGACAUUGGGAACGCUACAGCUGUAGUAACCUGGACAGCACCUACAGCAACAGAUAACUCUGGUAACCAGACACUGACAUCCUCUCACAAUCCUGGAGACUACUUUCCUCUUGGAAACAACACGGUAACCUACUAUGCAAGCGAUGAUGCAGGAAAUACAGAAACAUGCACGUUCUUUGUUGUUGUGUCUGAUAAUGAAAUUCCAGUCAUAAGUGGUUGCCCAAGUGAUCAGAAUGUCACCACAGACAUUGGGAACGCUACAGCUGUAGUAACCUGGACAGCACCUACAGCAACAGAUAACUCUGGUAACCAGACACUGACAUCCUCUCACAAUCCUGGAGACUACUUUCCUCUUGGAAACAACACGGUAACCUACUAUGCAAGCGAUGAUGCAGGAAAUACAGAAACAUGCACGUUCUUUGUUGUUGUGUCUGAUAAUGAAAUUCCAGUCAUAAGUGGUUGCCCAAGUGAUCAGAAUGUCACCACAGACAUUGGGAACGCUACAGCUGUAGUAACCUGGACAGCACCUACAGCAACAGAUAACUCUGGUAACCAGACACUGACAUCCUCUCACAAUCCUGGAGACUACUUUCCUCUUGGAAACAACACGGUAACCUACUAUGCAAGCGAUGAUGCAGGAAAUACAGAAACAUGCACGUUCUUUGUUGUUGUGUCUGAUAAUGAAAUUCCAGUCAUAAGUGGUUGCCCAAGUGAUCAGAAUGUCACCACAGACAUUGGGAACGCUACAGCUGUAGUAACCUGGACAGCACCUACAGCAACAGAUAACUCUGGUAACCAGACACUGACAUCCUCUCACAAUCCUGGAGACUACUUUCCUCUUGGAAACAACACGGUAACCUACUAUGCAAGCGAUGAUGCAGGAAAUACAGAAACAUGCACGUUCUUUGUUGUUGUGUCUGAUAAUGAAAUUCCAGUCAUAAGUGGUUGCCCAAGUGAUCAGAAUGUCACCACAGACAUUGGGAAUGCUACAGCUGUAGUAACCUGGACAGCACCUACAGCAACAGAUAACUCUGGUAACCAGACACUGACAUCCUCUCACAAUCCUGGAGACUACUUUCCUCUUGGAAACAACACGGUAACCUACUAUGCAAGCGAUGAUGCAGGAAAUACAGAAACAUGCACGUUCUUUGUUGUUGUGUCUGAUAAUGAAAUUCCAGUCAUAAGUGGUUGCCCAAGUGAUCAGAAUGUCACCACAGACAUUGGGAACGCUACAGCUGUAGUAACCUGGACAGCACCUACAGCAACAGAUAACUCUGGUAACCAGACACUGACAUCCUCUCACAAUCCUGGAGACUACUUUCCUCUUGGAAACAACACGGUAACCUACUAUGCAAGCGAUGAUGCAGGAAAUACAGAAACAUGCACGUUCUUUGUUGUUGUGUCUGAUAAUGAAAUUCCAGUCAUAAGUGGUUGCCCAAGUGAUCAGAAUGUCACCACAGACAUUGGGAACGCUACAGCUGUAGUAACCUGGACAGCACCUACAGCAACAGAUAACUCUGGUAACCAGACACUGACAUCCUCUCACAAUCCUGGAGACUACUUUCCUCUUGGAAACAACACGGUAACCUACUAUGCAAGCGAUGAUGCAGGAAAUACAGAAACAUGCACGUUCUUUGUUGUUGUGUCUGAUAAUGAAAUUCCAGUCAUAAGUGGUUGCCCAAGUGAUCAGAAUGUCACCACAGACAUUGGGAACGCUACAGCUGUAGUAACCUGGACAGCACCUACAGCAACAGAUAACUCUGGUAACCAGACACUGACAUCCUCUCACAAUCCUGGAGACUACUUUCCUCUUGGAAACAACACGGUAACCUACUAUGCAAGCGAUGAUGCAGGAAAUACAGAAACAUGCACGUUCUUUGUUGUUGUGUCUGAUAAUGAAAUUCCAGUCAUAAGUGGUUGCCCAAGUGAUCAGAAUGUCACCACAGACAUUGGGAACGCUACAGCUGUAGUAACCUGGACAGCACCUACAGCAACAGAUAACUCUGGUAACCAGACACUGACAUCCUCUCACAAUCCUGGAGACUACUUUCCUCUUGGAAACAACACGGUAACCUACUAUGCAAGCGAUGAUGCAGGAAAUACAGAAACAUGCACGUUCUUUGUUGUUGUGUCUGAUAAUGAAAUUCCAGUCAUAAGUGGUUGCCCAAGUGAUCAGAAUGUCACCACAGACAUUGGGAACGCUACAGCUGUAGUAACCUGGACAGCACCUACAGCAACAGAUAACUCUGGUAACCAGACACUGACAUCCUCUCACAAUCCUGGAGACUACUUUCCUCUUGGAAACAACACGGUAACCUACUAUGCAAGCGAUGAUGCAGGAAAUACAGAAACAUGCACGUUCUUUGUUGUUGUGUCUGAUAAUGAAAUUCCAGUCAUAAGUGGUUGCCCAAGUGAUCAGAAUGUCACCACAGACAUUGGGAACGCUACAGCUGUAGUAACCUGGACAGCACCUACAGCAACAGAUAACUCUGGUAACCAGACACUGACAUCCUCUCACAAUCCUGGAGACUACUUUCCUCUUGGAAACAACACGGUAACCUACUAUGCAAGCGAUGAUGCAGGAAAUACAGAAACAUGCACGUUCUUUGUUGUUGUGUCUGAUAAUGAAAUUCCAGUCAUAAGUGGUUGCCCAAGUGAUCAGAAUGUCACCACAGACAUUGGGAACGCUACAGCUGUAGUAACCUGGACAGCACCUACAGCAACAGAUAACUCUGGUAACCAGACACUGACAUCCUCUCACAAUCCUGGAGACUACUUUCCUCUUGGAAACAACACGGUAACCUACUAUGCAAGCGAUGAUGCAGGAAAUACAGAAACAUGCACGUUCUUUGUUGUUGUGUCUGAUAAUGAAAUUCCAGUCAUAAGUGGUUGCCCAAGUGAUCAGAAUGUCACCACAGACAUUGGGAACGCUACAGCUGUAGUAACCUGGACAGCACCUACAGCAACAGAUAACUCUGGUAACCAGACACUGACAUCCUCUCACAAUCCUGGAGACUACUUUCCUCUUGGAAACAACACGGUAACCUACUAUGCAAGCGAUGAUGCAGGAAAUACAGAAACAUGCACGUUCUUUGUUGUUGUGUCUGAUAAUGAAAUUCCAGUCAUAAGUGGUUGCCCAAGUGAUCAGAAUGUCACCACAGACAUUGGGAAUGAUACAGCUGUAGUAACCUGGACACCACCUACAGCAACAGAUAACUCUGGUAACCAGACACUGACAUCUACCAAUAAUCCUGGAGACUACUUUCCUAUUGGAAACAACACGGUAACCUACUAUGCAAGAGAUUAUGCAGGAAAUACAGAAGCAUGCUCCUUCUUUGUAGUUGUGUCUGAUAAUGAGAAUCCAGUCAUCAGUGGAUGCCCAAGUGAUCAGAAUGUCACCAGAGGCAAUGGUAAUGAAACAGCUUUAGUAAUCUGGACACCACCUACAGCAACAGAUAACUCUGGUAACCAGACACUGACAUCCACUAGCAAUCCUGGAGAUUACUUUCCUAUUGGAAACAACACGGUGACCUACACAUCAACAGAUGGUGCAGGAAAUACAGAGACAUGCAUCUUUAUUCUAGUUGUUACAGACCCGAUGGUCAAUAUAUCCCUCUCGGUUAAUGAAAUGUAUAAUCUGACAUCACCGGGGUAUCCAUCAAACUACGACAUCAACCUUAACCUCCAGUGGACUGUGUUAGCGCCCUCUGACUACCGUGUCAUGAUCUCCGUAACAGACUUCAGGUCGGAGGCUGGCUAUGAUUACCUCCACAUUGGUGGGGGAUUGACCUUUGACCCUGAUACGUGGAUGGUACGGUUCUCGGGGACUUAUGACUCACCUACGGAGGUUCUACUACCAGGGAGAGAAGCUUGGAUUUUGUUCUUCAGCGAUUACAGUACUACGAAUGUAGGAUUCGUUCUUGAAAUUACAACUUCUAGUGAAGCAGCCGGUGAAUGUGGAGCAUCUUUCAUCUCCUGUGUAAAGAGAGAUGUCUGUAUUUCCAACUCGACUUCCUGUGAUGGGUCGCCUGGAUGCUUUAAUGGAUAUGAUGAGUGGAAUUGUGACCCAAGCUGUCCCUCUUCUGAUAUUCAGACAAUUCCCACCUCGAUGCCCUACUCUGUCAUUUCUGACAACUACCCAUUAGCCUACGGCAACGACAUUGAGUGCGUAUGGGUACUCCAAGCAGAGGCUUACCACUCCCUCGUCAUCGACAUACCAAACUUCUACUUGGAAGAGGACUACGACUUCUUCUACAUCGGGCUUGGCCACGAUCGAUUGUUGGAGUCGGGUUCACUUGUCGUUACGCUGACCGGAUAUAUUGCAUCAACAAGAUACUAUCUUGGGAUCGAGUCAUAUCUGUAUUUUUAUACUGAUUACUCAAAUGGAUACUCUGGGUUCGUUCUAAAUGUGACAUCCAUUCCAUUUGAAUUAACUGAGUCUUGUGAUGCAGACCAAAGAGUUCCAGUGGGAUCUGCUUGUAAUGGAGUUACUGAUUGUGUUGAUGAUUCAGAUGAAUUUGGAUGCGAAGAUGAAAAGCCAGUCAUCAAUGGAUGCCCAAGUGAUCAGAAUGUCACCACAGACUUUGGGAAUGCUACAGCUGUAGUAACCUGGACACCCCCUACAGCAACAGAUAACUCUGGUAACCAGACACUGACAUCCUCUCACAAUCCUGGAGACUACUUUCCUAUUGGAAACAACACGGUAACCUACUAUGCAAGAGAUUAUGCAGGAAAUACAGAAGCAUGCUCCUUCUUUGUAGUUGUGUCUGAUAAUGAGAAUCCAGUCAUCAGUGGAUGCCCAAGUGAUCAGAAUGUCACCAGAGACAAUGGUAAUGAAACAGCUUUAGUAAUCUGGACACCACCUACAGCAACAGAUAACUCUGGUAACCAGAUACUGACAUCCACUAGCAAUCCUGGAGAUUACUUUCCUAUUGGAAACAACACGGUGACCUACACAUCAACAGAUGGUGCAGGAAAUACAGAGACAUGCACCUUUAUUCUAGUUGUUACAGACCCGAUGGUCAAUAUAUCCCUCUCGGUUAAUGAAAUGUAUAAUCUGACAUCACCGGGGUAUCCAUCAAACUACGACAUCAACCUUAACCUCCAGUGGACUGUGUUAGCGCCCUCUGACUACCGUGUCAUGAUCUCCGUAACAGACUUCAGGUCGGAGGCUGGCUAUGAUUACCUCCACAUUGGUGGGGGAUUGACCUUUGACCCUGAUACGUGGAUGGUACGGUUCUCGGGGACUUAUGACUCACCUACGGAGGUUCUACUACCAGGGAGAGAAGCUUGGAUUUUGUUCUUCAGCGAUUACAGUACUACGAAUGUAGGAUUCGUUCUUGAAAUUACAACUUCUAGUGAAGCAGCCGGUGAAUGUGGAGCAUCUUUCAUCUCCUGUGUAAAGAGAGAUGUCUGUAUUUCCAACUCGACUUCCUGUGAUGGGUCGCCUGGAUGCUUUAAUGGAUAUGAUGAGUGGAAUUGUGACCCAAGCUGUCCCUCUUCUGAUAUUCAGACAAUUCCCACCUCGAUGCCCUACUCUGUCAUUUCUGACAACUACCCAUUAGCCUACGGCAACGACAUUGAGUGCGUAUGGGUACUCCAAGCAGAGGCUUACCACUCCCUCGUCAUCGACAUACCAAACUUCUACUUGGAAGAGGACUACGACUUCUUCUACAUCGGGCUUGGCCACGAUCGAUUGUUGGAGUCGGGUUCACUUGUCGUUACGCUGACCGGAUAUAUUGCAUCAACAAGAUACUAUCUUGGGAUCGAGUCAUAUCUGUAUUUUUAUACUGAUUACUCAAAUGGAUACUCUGGGUUCGUUCUAAAUGUGACAUCCAUUCCAUUUGAAUUAACUGAGUCUUGUGAUGCAGACCAAAGAGUUCCAGUGGGAUCUGCUUGUAAUGGAGUUACUGAUUGUGUUGAUGAUUCAGAUGAAUUUGGAUGCGAAGAUGAAAAGCCAGUCAUCAAUGGAUGCCCAAGUGAUCAGAAUGUCACCACAGACUUUGGGAAUGCUACAGCUGUAGUAACCUGGACACCCCCUACAGCAACAGAUAACUCUGGUAACCAGACACUGACAUCCUCUCACAAUCCUGGAGACUACUUUCCUAUUGGAAACAACACGGUAACCUACUAUGCAAGAGAUUAUGCAGGAAAUACAGAAGCAUGCUCCUUCUUUGUAGUUGUGUCUGAUAAUGAGAAUCCAGUCAUCAGUGGAUGCCCAAGUGAUCAGAAUGUCACCAGAGACAAUGGUAAUGAAACAGCUUUAGUAAUCUGGACACCACCUACAGCAACAGAUAACUCUGGUAACCAGACACUGACAUCCACUAGCAAUCCUGGAGAUUACUUUCCUAUUGGAAACAACACGGUGACCUACACAUCAACAGAUGGUGCAGGAAAUACAGAGACAUGCACCUUUAUUCUAGUUGUUACAGACCCGAUGGUCAAUAUAUCCCUCUCGGUUAAUGAAAUGUAUAAUCUGACAUCACCGGGGUAUCCAUCAAACUACGACAUCAACCUUAACCUCCAGUGGACUGUGUUAGCGCCCUCUGACUACCGUGUCAUGAUCUCCGUAACAGACUUCAGGUCGGAGGCUGGCUAUGAUUACCUCCACAUUGGUGGGGGAUUGACCUUUGACCCUGAUACGUGGAUGGUACGGUUCUCGGGGACUUAUGACUCACCUACGGAGGUUCUACUACCAGGGAGAGAAGCUUGGAUUUUGUUCUUCAGCGAUUACAGUACUACGAAUGUAGGAUUCGUUCUUGAAAUUACAACUUCUAGUGAAGCAGCCGGUGAAUGUGGAGCAUCUUUCAUCUCCUGUUUAAAGAGAGAUGUCUGUAUUUCCAACUCGACUUCCUGUGAUGGGUCGCCUGGAUGCUUUAAUGGAUAUGAUGAGUGGAAUUGUGACCCAAGCUGUCCCUCUUCUGAUAUUCAGACAAUUCCCACCUCGAUGCCCUACUCUGUCAUUUCUGACAACUACCCAUUAGCCUACGGCAACGACAUUGAGUGCGUAUGGGUACUCCAAGCAGAGGCUUACCACUCCCUCGUCAUCGACAUACCAAACUUCUACUUGGAAGAGGACUACGACUUCUUCUACAUCGGGCUUGGCCACGAUCGAUUGUUGGAGUCGGGUUCACUUGUCGUUACGCUGACCGGAUAUAUUGCAUCAACAAGAUACUAUCUUGGGAUCGAGUCAUAUCUGUAUUUUUAUACUGAUUACUCAAAUGGAUACUCUGGGUUCGUUCUAAAUGUGACAUCCAUUCCAUUUGAAUUAACUGAGUCUUGUGAUGCAGACCAAAGAGUUCCAGUGGGAUCUGCUUGUAAUGGAGUUACUGAUUGUGUUGAUGAUUCAGAUGAAUUUGGAUGCGAAGAUGAAAAGCCAGUCAUCAAUGGAUGCCCAAGUGAUCAGAAUGUCACCACAGACUUUGGGAAUGCUACAGCUGUAGUAACCUGGACACCCCCUACAGCAACAGAUAACUCUGGUAACCAGACACUGACAUCCUCUCACAAUCCUGGAGACUACUUUCCUAUUGGAAACAACACGGUAACCUACUAUGCAAGAGAUUAUGCAGGAAAUACAGAAGCAUGCUCCUUCUUUGUAGUUGUGUCUGAUAAUGAGAAUCCAGUCAUCAGUGGAUGCCCAAGUGAUCAGAAUGUCACCAGAGACAAUGGUAAUGAAACAGCUUUAGUAAUCUGGACACCACCUACAGCAACAGAUAACUCUGGUAACCAGACACUGACAUCCACUAGCAAUCCUGGAGAUUACUUUCCUAUUGGAAACAACACGGUGACCUACACAUCAACAGAUGGUGCAGGAAAUACAGAGACAUGCACCUUUAUUCUAGUUGUUACAGACCCGAUGGUCAAUAUAUCCCUCUCGGUUAAUGAAAUGUAUAAUCUGACAUCACCGGGGUAUCCAUCAAACUACGACAUCAACCUUAACCUCCAGUGGACUGUGUUAGCGCCCUCUGACUACCGUGUCAUGAUCUCCGUAACAGACUUCAGGUCGGAGGCUGGCUAUGAUUACCUCCACAUUGGUGGGGGAUUGACCUUUGACCCUGAUACGUGGAUGGUACGGUUCUCUGGGACUUAUGACUCACCUACGGAGGUUCUACUACCAGGGAGAGAAGCUUGGAUUUUGUUCUUCAGCGAUUACAUUACUACGGAUGUAGGAUUCGUUCUCGAAAUUACAACUUCUAGUGAAGCAGCCGGUGAAUGUGGAGCAUCUUUCAUCUCCUGUCUAAAGAGAGAUGUCUGUAUUUCCAACUCGACUUCCUGUGAUGGGUCGCCUAUAUGCUUUAAUGGAUAUGAUGAGUGGAAUUGUGACCCACGCUGUCCCUCUUCUGAUAUUCAGACAAUUCCCACCUCGAUGCCCUACUCUGUCAUUUCUGACAACUACCCAUUAGCCUACGGCAACGACAUUGAGUGCAUAUGGGUACUCCAAGCAGAGGCUUACCACUCCCUCGUCAUCGACAUACCAAACUUCUACUUGGAAGAUGGCUACGACUUCUUCUACAUCGGGAUUGGCCACGAUCGAUCAGAGCCGGGUUCACUUGUCGUAAGGCUGACCGGAUAUAUUGCAUCAACAAGAUACUAUCUUGGGAUCGAGUCAUAUCUGUAUUUUGAUACUGAUUACUCAAAUGGAUACUCUGGGUUCGUUCUAAAUGUGACAUCCAUUCCAUUUGAAUUAACUGAGUCUUGUGAUGCAGACCAAAGAGUUCCAGUGGGAUCUGCUUGUAAUGGAGUUACUGAUUGUGUUGAUGAUUCAGAUGAAUUUGGAUGCGUGUGCCAAGACGAUCAAUUUCAGUGCAAUGGGCUUUGUCGCCCUCUUUCCAUCCUCUGUGAUGGAGUGAUGGAUUGUGAGGAUUUUUCAGAUGAGGAGGACUGUCCACGCUGUGAGCCAAUCCAGGAAGGCUCCUGCCUUGGCCUCCUUCCAUUCAACCAGACAUACUACCCUAGCAGUCUGGCAGACAUCAACCAGACACUUGCUAUUGAAAGUUUCAGUGUAUUAAGCGCUGCUGCCACCACCUGCCACACUGAUGCAUCUCUCUUCCUCUGUGCUGUCCUCUUCCCGGAAUGCAUCCACGAUGGGCCCACGGCCAGACCGUGCCAAACCACAUGUGAAGCUGUCAGGAGUGCAUGCUCGUCUGCUUUUGAGAGCUUGACUGGGUCUCCCUGGGCGAUUGCUUGCGAGGAGGAGUUCAGCAACGCUAGUCCUCUCAACGAUGGUUCUCUUGCUGAUGGUUUGCUCUGCAGAGGGCCAGAAGGAGACAUCACCAACACAAUGAUCUGUGGCACCAGGCCGGUCUUCAAUGAAGCAGUUGAGAGGAUCGUUGGAGGCGAGGGCUCCGACCUAGGAGAGUGGCCUUGGAUUGGAUCGCUAAGCCGGGGUGCUACCAAUCAUCAAUGCGGGGCAACAGUCAUCAGCAGAGAAUGGGCUAUCACCGUAGCACACUGUGUUGGAGCUUUUGACACCAUCACCGUCGGUACCAUCAGCAUCUCGAACGGCAACACAUCGUACCAACACACCUCGUCGUUGGAGAUUACGUCUCAUCCAAACUUCACUAGCGCUUCUGGUGGUGAUGACAUCGCUGUGCUCAAACUUGUGGAUCCCAUACCCGCGUUUAGCGAUUUCCUCAGACCCGCCUGUCUGGCCACGGUCGGGGAUGAGAUUAAUAACUAUAGGACUUGCUACAUAGCAGGGUGGGGUCACACGACAGAGGGUGGAUCCAUUUCCAAUGACCUUCAGCAGGCUGUUGUAGGACUGAUACCAGAUGAGUAUUGUGGCAGUGCCUACGGGAGCUUCAAGGCCGACUCCAUGAUAUGUGCUGGCUAUCAGGCCGGUGGCGUUGAUACAUGUAACGGUGAUAGCGGAGGUCCACUGAUGUGUGAAGGUGCGGACGGGAGGUGGCAUCUUGUCGGCAUCACAAGCUUUGGCGACGGGUGUGCACGUCCCAACAAGCCAGGAGUAUACACCAGGGUCUCUCAAUUCAUCGAUUUCAUCAACUCGGUCGUUGGUCAGCAAGACUUUUUGUAACAGUGCAUUAGCUGCAUAAUAUGCUGCACUAAGUUUGUAGCUCUGUUAAAUUACCUAAAAAUGAAACAUGUAUUUAAACAAAAAAUAAUCUUGUAAAUAAAUGCCGGGGGGGGGGUACUGAAAGUAUCUGUGAAUAACGAAGCCCCCUACGCAUACUCGCUUAUUUGUUUGUUAAAAGGUGUAGGAAUGUGAACGGAACUUUACAUAGAUCUAUAGAUCUAUCUCAUUUGAUUUUACUGAGGUAGAUUUUGUGGAAGUGGUUCACUGCGUCGUGUGAACAAGGCCUUUAAAGGGUUAAGACGAGUGAAGACCCUCUGUCAAGGUCAUGGUUAACACUCUGGAGUAUAGAGUGAAACGGUGAAGAAAGACAGCUCGAGGGCCGGAGACAAGAAAAUUUCCUUCCAAUCCAAUAGACCGGUUUACUAACACAUUCAAAUUUAAGGCAUAUUGAAUAAAGAGAGGUUUUCUUGACAGCAUGAAAGCUUUGCCGAGGCUUGCCCGUCCGGCUGGAUUCUAAGUAAUGUAGUUCAUUAACAGGUGAAUGGGGAGUUUAAAAGGUGUUACUUUACAAUUAUUUAUUUCCAAAAUGCUAAAUCCAUUUAUGCAAUGUAUACAAUGUUUUUAUGUAUGUAAAUUCAUACAAAAUUGAAUUAUUUUUAACAAACUCUUGAAUAUAUAUAUAUAUAUAUAUAUAUAUAUAUAUUUACACUAAUUUGAAUGGUAUUUUUUAAACUACAACAAAAGAAUAUAAAUGAAUUAGUAAAACAUUAUACUUUUAUAUACAUUUUUAAAUUACUAGGAGUACUUUUGAUAUAGCUUAUGAGAAUUUGAAUUGUUAGUAUUGAAAGAAGAUUUGUAACAUGUACAUAGAUUACUAAAUAAUGAACGUAUCACUUUGAAUUUUACAUUUGUCCUAUAUUUAUCAACAUUUUACCAUCUGAAAAUGAUUUUAAUCAUACAUGUUUUCAUUAACUCAUAUCCUGCCAUAAGGCGGCAUGCACGCUACCGUUAUAGUGCUUUGUACAUGCGAGAGCACACUAUCGAUGGGCUGCUUACUUCACGUGAGCGAGCCACAGCUUAGCUGCUUUACGCAUGCAUGCUCGCAUUCGUAAUAGCAGUUAUUGUAUAUGCUCAUUGUACUGUGCUGAGUGCUUCUCACGCGCUAUUGAUCGCACCAUCAGAUUAUCUCAAAAUAAACUUGGCACAGGAUGGAUUUGUGGCUUGGAACAAUGGGGAUUAGCCCUGUGGCACUGGGCUGUAUUCAUUACGGCAGGAUAAGAGUCAAUAUACAUUAGCCGUAGCAACUUCAUCAUCAUCAUCAUCCUUUUAAUCAUAAGUGGUAUCGUCAUAAUUAUCAUCUUCAGCUGCAAGUUAUUUUCAUGAUCAUUGUAUUGUCAUUAACAAAAUACAUCAUGCACAUGAAUAAGGCAUGUAGAAAUUACGUUACCGAUAUACAUUGUACGUAAUGUCUUAACUUUGUUUUGUCUGGAAAGGAAAAUAUAAAUCAAAUGUACAGGUUAGUGCAUUAGUUUAAAAGUGAACAAAAUAAAAAUACAUGUAAGUUCUUGCCUCUUAUCUUGAUUUACUGACUUUUAAUGUAUAGCACCCGUUCAGAGCCUGAUAGGUGUUAAAGGGAUUGGGUAUAUUCUAAACAAAAUCCUGGAUUUAGCUCGUGCUGCAAUCAUUAUUAUAAACCUUUAGGUCAGUCAGGAAUCCCAUGACUUUUACAAGCCGAUCACCUGUCUGAUUAUCAAGAUAUUUAUGAUUGGAAUUGGGUAUGUCAAAAACUGUUUGCCACACAAUUUUGAACAGUUUGUUAUAACACUUUUGAGCACUUCAUGAUCAUUUUGAAGCACAAUUUAUUUAGGGCUUUAAUAUUACACCAUAUCACAGACACUAAUAACACAUAGGGCAUCCAUCUCAGAUUUGUAAAACUGGAAACAUUGUUAAACAAUCUGUGUGUAUGCAUGAGCUCAUGCCCAUCCGGCUUCAAAAGGACACUCAGUCAUUUUUUUUUAUAAUCACAAAAUCACCACUAGCUGUCAUCCUGUUAAAUCUCCCUCGUACUGGUGAGAGGUUGGGGGGGGGGGUAACAAAAGGGAGUACUGUAAGAACCUUUUAUCUCGCUUUCACAGGUAGUUAAUAAUGAUAACUGACAUCAUUUUGUUUUAGUCAAUUUACAGAUGAGAGCACUGGUCGAAGUAUGGUUAAUCAAAAACCUUGUCUUCUGUGCUUGCAUGUACAUGUAAAUAUAAAUUUUAUAUUGUAACAGUUUAUCAGGUAAUGGGUAAAAAAAAAUGGAAAUGAAAUUGAAAUGUUAUGGGCUGUACUUGUACAAACGUAACAAGAAUUUAUUUUGUUCAUACCAUUAAAUAUUAACCACAAGUUAACAUGUA